CAUGUUUCUUAGCGUCUUUCAUACCGCAACAACGCAAGAGCGCGUACCGUUGCUUCUUGCUGAAGAAGGAAUUGUAAUAAUACAUUUAUGUACAAUAUAACAGUUUAUUCUUUUAAUAUUAUUUGUUAAUACGUGAAUUAUAUUGUGAAGUGUUAAUAAUAAUAAAUUACUGUGUUUUGAAAUAUUUGUGCAAUAUGUUUGAUGGUAGAAAAAAUCGUCAUUGCCAUACGGUUGUUGUUUACACGGCUUAAGAAUUAAUGGAGCAAAUGAUGUAAACGGUUCCUUGAAUUAUCUGGAGUAUGCAAAUUUUAAGAAAUCCUAUCUCCACGCAUGACCAAACUAUGCCUUUCAAGAGUUAAAAUAACAUUGCUGCGACCAUGUCCGGUAUUCCGAUUCCAUCGAACGGCCACCAUCAGCAGAUAGUACAGCAGCAACCACUGCUUCAGCAGUAUCAAGCGCAGGUCGCACCGAAUCCAAACGCUUUGGGCCCUCCUCAGGACGGGCAAACGCAGCAACAUCACCAGCAGGUACCUCCGAGGUACCAGCCACCUCCGCAGCCACAUUUAAUUAAACAGCAACCUCUAAGAGGACACCCUAUUGUGACGCAAGAUCAAUCGAAACAGAUCAGGCCGCAGCAAACUACCACCCAGGGGAUACCAUUGAAGGCACCGAUACAUCAGGCUGGUUACAACAGUCGACUGCCUCAUCGACAGAGUCUGGUACCCUCCAGUGGAAGGGCCUCCAGUGAAGAUUUAGACCAACGUCGAAUUCCACCUAAUCAGCCUUCGGCUUCAUUACAUCACCAGCAAAACGACAUGCUUAAGUUUGUGUCUCGGAGGUCCCACGAGGGCGUAGACCAUGCUGUGCAGAUGCAGGGACCACCUUUACAGAGGAUUCCUAAUGCACCUAACGGGAAUGAACAAGUUCGACAGCAGCUUCAAGCUCUUGCAAAUGAAGUAAGAGCUCUUAAAGAAGCUAAUAGAAGACUGACUGAUGACAAUCAGGAACUUCGUGACCUUUGCUGCUUUCUGGACGAUGAUCGUCAGAAGGGCAGAAAAUUAGCUCGAGAAUGGCAGAGAUUUGGCAGAUACACUGCCAGCGUUAUGAGACAAGAAGUUGCGGCAUAUCAAAGUAAACUUCGUCAGUUAGAUGAUAAGCAGCAGGAAUUAAUUAGAGACAACUUAGAACUAAAAGAAUUGUGCCUAUAUCUUGAUGAAGAACGAUCUGCAAAUGGAGGAGCCGGCUGUAGCAGGUGCCGGUCAUCGCAAUCUGCUAAUCAGUCCAGUGGCGGCGGAUCAGGUGCUGUCUUAAGAGAUGAUGGAGAUGGGAGCAGCAGUAGUACGAAUGCUGAUGAACCUCCUCCGCCACCACCGCUGCCGCCGCCGCACUGCUCAUCAAACGCCCCAGGAAAUAACGGUGGACCGCAAACGGGCGGAAGGGAAAGAAGAGAUUUGCACUCUAGAAGUGCUUUUAGCGAUCAAACUAUGAGAUACGUUCGUAGUCUUGAAUCACGCGUUCGACAACUCGAGGCAGAACGACUCGGCACUGCGCCGAUUUCCACUCAACAGAACCAGCAAAUAAACAGCGAACCAGCUUAG